AUGUACCUCCCAUCACCAGUGCUAACACCCUCCCCAUCGCCAGUGCCAACACCCUCCCCAUCGCCAGUGCCAACACCCUCCCCAUCGCCAGUGCCAACACCCUCCCCAUCGCCAGUGCCAACACCCUCCCCAUCGCCAGUGCCAACACCCUCCCCAUCGCCAGUGCCAACACCCUCCCCAUCGCCAGUGCCAACACCCUCCCCAUCGCCAGUGCCAACACCCUCCCCAUCGCCAGUGCCCACAGCCUCCCCACCUCCUCCCUCACCAACUCCUAGUAAGCCUGCAGCAUCUGCUACCCAGUCUGAAGGCGAACCAGAUCAUCUCAACGCAGCAUCCAAGGCAGAGAAUAGGGACCCAGAAGGAGAAGCAGCUGCUGCAGCAGCUGCGGCUGUGGCUGCAGGAGCAGCGGAAUGGGUGAAGGAGAGAGACGUGGUGGUGGAGAUGGAGGCAGUGAAGGAGAUGGCCAGUAAGCACCACCCCAACCUGGUGCGGCUGUUGGGCUUCUGUGUGCACUAUGAUUCCAGCACGGGCCAGAUUGAGCAAGUGCUCGUGUAUGAGUUCAUGGCCAACCGGGACUUGGAGAGCUGGAUUGGAUCAGGAGCUCCAAGUCAUCUCUCUCUGUUGCAACGACUGGAUGUUUUGAUUGGAGUGGCCAAGGGGUUGCAAUAUCUUCAUGACUUCGGCAUUGUGCAUCGCGACAUCAAGCCAGCCAACAUUCUGCUUGAUGCAAAAAUGCAUGCCAAGAUUGCAGACUUUGGUUUGGUAAAGCUCACUGGAGGCACCGCUAUGGGCACGUCUGUGGCUGCCACUCGAGUGAUGGGGACUCCGGGCUAUGUGGACCCUGCCUAUUACAAGUCCCACAAGGCCACUUCAGCAGCAGAUGUGUACAGCUUUGGUGUGGUGAUGCUGGUUGUCAUCUCGGCACGCAAGGCUGUGCAUAUGAGCGAGACCAGCCAGAUCAGUCUGAAGCAAUGGAUCACACCAUUCGUGGAGUCAGAUGCCGUUACAGUCUUCAAGGACCCCUACUUGGACGCACCAGAUGACUUGGUGCUGCGCUGGGCUCGCCUUGCCCUCUCCUGCACCACCAUGCCUGCGGCCUCCCGCCCCUCCAUGAAUCAAGUGCUGGGGGAGCUGGUGAAGUUGAAGCAGGAAGCUUCUGGAGCACAUGAGAGCCAUGUGGGCGAGGCCAAAUCUCGCUUGGACACGGAGCUUGGGAGUUCCAUUGGCUCCUCCAGCUUCACUGCUGAAAUGGCCCGUGCGGAGCGAGGGGACAUGCCAAGUGGCUUUUCCACAUAA